CCCUAGCUCCUCCAUAACUCUCUCGCCGCUCCACAAAACCCUAAGACACUCACAGAGAGAGAGAGAGAGAGAGAGAGCAGCCAUGACGACGAGGUUCAAGAAGAACCGGAAGAAGAGAGGCCACGUCAGCGCCGGGCACGGCCGUAUCGGCAAGCACCGCAAGCAUCCCGGUGGGCGGGGAAACGCCGGAGGCAUGCACCACCACCGGAUUCUGUUCGACAAGUACCACCCGGGGUAUUUCGGUAAAGUCGGGAUGCGCUACUUCCACAAGCUCCGCAACAAGUUCCAUUGCCCCAUCGUGAACCUCGAGAAGCUCUGGUCCAUGGUGCCCCAGGAGGUCAAGGACAAGGCGACCAAGGGCGAGGCUCCGAUGCUCGACGUCACUCAGUUCGGCUACUUCAAGGUCUUGGGCAAGGGGAAGCUUCCCGGAUCUCAGCCGUUGGUUGUGAAGACCAAGCUGAUCUCCAAGGUCGCCGAGAAGAAGAUCAAGGAGGCUGGUGGCGCCGUCGUGCUCACCGCCUAGGUUUUACUUUUUGGAAUUCUGUUUUUGUUAAGUUUAUAAUAUGAUGCUACUUGAACUUAAUUGAGAGUUUUAUCCUAAUGUUUAGAAUGAAAUUGGAUCUUAAAUUUUAUGCCUCA